AUGGAAGGAAAGCCAGUGGGAAGAAGUCGAGGACGUGCCCGAGGAGUUCCAGUCGCUGAAAAGCCACCGACGGCAGCUCAGAGUGCCUUCGGCCGUCCAGCAGCCAGUGGUCCUCCGGCUCCAGCGCCACCCCCAGCCGAAGUAGCUCCAAGUGGCUUGCUACCCCCUGUACCAUCAUGUCCCCGAACUAUUGGACGUUCAGUGAGAGCCCGGGCCCCUGCCCACGUUAACCUGCCACCCCUGGAAUUACCUGAAGGACCUGAGACCAGCUCGAGCUUGGGGAGAGGUGCCCUCCGAGGGAGGAGAGUGAUCAGCACAGACAUUCUCACCACUCGUCCAGAGCACGUUCGCGACUGCAAGAAGGGGUCCUCGGGGUACCCAACUACCCUUCUGGCGAACUAUUUCAGGAUCAUGGAGCAGCCUGACUGGUGUCUGUUUCAGUACAGGGUGGAUUUCCAACCCGAGGAGGACCACACGGCAAUCAAAAAAGGACUCAUUCGUCAGUGUCGCGAGGAGUUGGGAUCGUACAUCUUCGAUGGCACUGUCCUCUACACAGCCAACAGGUUGACCCCAGAGAAUACGGAAUUAAUUGCUGUCCGUCAACACGACAAACAGGAAAUGCGGAUCACCGUCAGACUCGUUGGGGACAUGGCCAGGGGGGACCCACACUAUCUGCAGUUCUACAAUAUUUUGACCAGAAAGUGCCUGGAGUCGUUGAACCUUCAGCUGGUUGGGAGGAACUACUUCGAUCCGAAUGCCAAGGUGGAAAUUGCAGAAUACAAGUUCGAGCUGUGGCCCGGUUACAUCACCUCGAUUCGCCAGCACGAGAACGACAUCCUGAUGUGUGCUGAAAUUAAUCAUAAGAUCAUGAGGCAGGAGACCAUCCUUCACAUUCUGGAGAAAGUCAGGGCGAGUAAGCCUGCUGAUUACCAGAACGCCUUCAAGGUCGAAGUCAUUGGGAUCACAGUCCUGACGGGCUACAACAAUAACACCUAUCGCAUCGACGACGUGGAUUUCGGCCAGAGUCCUGAAGGGACCUUCGAGAAUAGGAAGGACCCUGGCAAACCAAUUCGUUAUAUCGACUAUUACAAGAACAAAUACGGUAUUGCGAUCCAGGUGCCGAAGCAGCCGCUUCUCGUCAGUCGGUCCUCAGCUCGUGAUCGUCGGGCUGGGAAGGACGAGAUCAUUUAUUUGGUUCCUGAAUUGUGCAGAGCUACUGGUCUCACCGAUGAGAUGAGAAAUGAUUUUCGUUUGAUGUCUGCCCUGGCUGAGCACACUAGGGUCGGACCACAAAAACGAAUAGAGAAGCUCCUGACGUUCAAUCGCCGAUUGCACAGUGAGCCAGCAAUUCAACAGGAGUUCCAGAACUGGAACUUGAAGCUCGACACUCAGCUCCUGAAAGUGCCGGCGAGGUUUUUGCCAAGGGAACCGAUCCACUUUGGCGGUGAAAAAAAAGUUGAUGCGGGAAUUGAGGGAGAUUGGACCAGAGCCAUCAGGGACAACAGCUUGUACAUCUCCACAGAGCUGAAGCAGUGGAUCGUCGUCGCACCAGAGAGACUCGUCCGCGAUGCUAAGACAUUCGUCGCAGCAAUGGUUCGCUCCGCCAAGAACUUCCCCAUCAGCGAGCCCCAGUAUCACGAAAUUCGCAACGACAGAUCUGAAUCCUACACCGAGUGUCUCGAGAAGAUCAUGAGCAAAAUAAAUCCCCAGCUCGUCAUGUGCAUUCUCACGAAGAAUCGCGCUGACACUUAUUCAGCGAUUAAGAAGAAGCUCUGCAUUGAUCGACCAGUGCCGAGCCAAGUGGUGACUGCUCGUUGCUUGAAUGCCAAAGGAAUAAUGUCCAUUGCAACGAAAGUUGCCAUCCAGAUGAACUGCAAAAUUGGAGGCAUACCCUGGACUAUUCACGUUCCCGUCAGUGGUCUCAUGGUGGUUGGAUACGACGUGUGUCAUGAUACCAACAAGCGAGGAACAGACUUCGGAGCAAUGGUGGCCUCCCUGGACAAGAAGCUGAGUCGUUACUUCUCGACAGUCUCAGCGCACACGUCUGGCGAGGAGCUCUCCAAUCACCUCUCAGCGAACAUGGUGAAGGCCCUCAAGAAGUACGAGGAGGUGAACAAAGCCCUGCCCUCGAGGAUAGUCGUAUACAGGGACGGUGUUGGCGAGGGACAGAUACCAUUCGUGGUGGACCACGAGGUGAUGAACGUGAAGAGAGCCAUUGAGAAGGUGUACAACACCCCGGUUCAACUCGGCUAUAUUCUCGUCAACAAUGGCACGAACACGAGAUUCUUCAAGGGCACAAAAAACCCAGUGCCUGGCACAGUUGUCGAUGAUGUCAUCACCAAUCCCAUGAAGUACGACUUCUUCCUGGUGUCUCAGGGGGUCAAACAAGGCACCGUGGCACCAACGUCGUACAGUGUCAUCUAUGACAGUCUGUCCCUCGAUCCGGACAAGAUACAGAUUCUGACGUACAAGAUGACACACAUCUAUUACAACUGCAGCACUACCAUGAGGGCACCAGCACCGGUGCAAUUCGCCCACAAACUCGCUUUCCUGGUGUCGCAGUCCAUCCACACUGCUCCAACCAAUCAGCAUCUGGAGAGUCUUCUCUACUUCCUGUAGGAGGUACUCGACUCUAUAGUUUCCUUUUUACUACUUGCGUCAGGAAUUUUAUUAGGGAAUCAAUGGGAGUAGAUUAUGGGGUGAGGACAGUAAUUCAGUGUAAUUUAAAUCAUAAAUUAGCUAUUUUAUUUUGGAGGAAAUCAUGUUGAGAUAAAUUUUUUUUCUUCCGGAGAAAAAACAAUCAGUGCGUUGAUGUCUAAGUGGGACUUGAUGACAUGAAUCACCACUUUUCUUUUUAAGAAAUGGGAAAACUUGAUGAAAAUUCCUCAUUCUUACCAUUAUUUAUUAUUAAUUAAAUAAUUAUUGUGAAAUUGAGGGAUCAGAGGGGAGAAGUGGAAAAGAUUUAUUUUUAAUUAUGGCUUUUUAAUUUAUAAUUAUUGUGAAAUUGAGAAAUCAGAGGGAAAAAUGGAAAUAAUUCAACAAUUUCCUCCUUCGAAUAUGAGCAAAUUCCAUAGAAAUUCAUCAAUUUCACCAAAACAUUUCAACCGAAGGAAUUAUUUUAUCGUGGACUGUUAAAAAUGUCUAAAUUAUCACUGAAAUUUAUUAAUUUCUCAGUUAUGUUUCCACCGUUGAGGGCUGGACCCAAAGUUACAAUUUGUAUUUUAAAUUAAUAAAAACGAAUCUAAAUUUCAA